GGAGUGGCUGUUACUAGAAAUAUCACAUUUUCAGGAAAGAGCCUGGUUACUUCAGGAAACUAGUUUGCUUUUAUUUUCAUCUGGGAAACUAGGUAUCUUUUCAGCAACUACUGAAGUUUAGCAGUCAUUGAGAUUGGAUUUGAAUCAGUCUGGAGUGUAGUCUAGUUUUUAUAGCUAUCCAGCCAGUAAUGGUGCAGCAUAACAGCAAAGCUGGGACCAAAUAGGUUGACCUGUUUGCCAUAGUCUAGGAGCGGUGAACAUCUUGCAUGGAGCAAUAGUCACUGGUGGAAACGUAUACUUUCAUUUUUCAGAAUUAAGUUUUACGAGAUUCAUACGACUUUUACACCUUUGUUAUCAUCAGUAUAAACUGCAAACAACAGAGAACCCCUUUGUACAGAGAACAUCGUCCAUAGACUGCCAUCAUAUCACUGUGCACAGUUGUACAUAGAACAAAGAACCAGCUUUUCCUGUUGAAAACAUAUGUGAUUAUUUUCUACAUCCUUUAUAAAGUCUAUAGCUGCACCCCCUAUUGGGGCCAUGCCCCACCUGAUGAACAAUGACAACUCCUUUAGCUCCAAGCAAGAGCUUCUGGUCCUACAGGACAGUCCAUUCGGACCCAGUCCAGACAUUACCAGCCCGGUAGAGUCCCAGGGCUCUGGUUCAGCCAGCACGUCUGGAGAUGCCCACAUUGUGUUCCACAAGACAGACAAACAAGGGUCUGAGCUCAUAGAGCCGCCCCUUGGGGUGAAGUUUGUCCCCACGACCUCUGAGAAUCUUUGUGGAUGGGGAGCACUGACCCCACGGUUUAUCCAGACCUUCAAUACCCCUCACUGGGUUCUCUUCUUCCUCUGUGUGGCCUCCUUCCUCCAGGGCAUGAUCAUCAAUGGCUUCAUCAACACUGUCAUCACCUCCAUCGAGAGACGUUUUGACCUGCGCAGCUACCAGGCGGGACUUAUUGCGAGCUCCUACGACAUUGCUGCUUGUGUUUGUUUGACAUUCGUAAGCUACUUUGGUGGUACUGGCCAUAAGCCUCGAUGGCUGGGCUGGGGUGUACUGAUCAUGGCACUGGGGUCACUGGUCUUUGCCCUGCCCCAUUUCACAACACCAUCCUAUCAAGCGAGAGUACCGGAGCGCAUGGGACUGUGCUCGGCCAAUAGCACAGAAAUGUGUGUCGGCGAGGAAGGAGGGCUCUCAGCUUACCGCUACGUCUUCAUGCUGGGACAGUCUCUACAUGGGGCAGGGGCAACCCCUUUGUACACACUCGGAGUCACCUAUCUUGAUGAAAAUGUUAAGUCAAACUAUGCACCUGUAUAUAUAGGGAUCUUCUACACGGCUGCCAUUGUAGGACCUGCGGCCGGAUACUUGUUGGGUGGAUUCUUUCUGAACAUUUACACAGAGAUUGACCAAACGACAGAGCUGACUCCAGAGAACCCGCUAUGGGUGGGGGCUUGGUGGAUUGGUUUCCUGGCCGGAGGGGCUGCAGCUCUGCUUAUUGCUCUGCCUAUUCUGGGUUACCCACGCCAGUUACCAGGCUGUCAGCAAUAUGUGGCCAUGCGUGUCUCAGAGGCCCACCAGCUGAAGGAUGGCAGUCAGGUGACAGCGUCUGAUCCUCAGUUUGGAAAAAAAAUGAAGGACAUGCCGAGGUCUAUGCUGCUUCUCUUGAAGAACCCUACCUUUAUUUUUUUGUGUCUUGCUGGAGCCACAGAGGCCACGCUUAUAGCUGGGAUGUCCACAUUUGGCCCCAAAUUUUUGGAGUCCCAGUUUAGCCUGAGUGCUUCAGAGGCAGCCACUUGGUUCGGGUAUAUGGUGGUGCCAGCGGGUGGUGGUGGGACCUUCCUGGGUGGCUACAUUGUAAAGAAGCUAAACCUCCGCUGUCGUGGGAUCAUCCGUUUCUGCAUGCUGUGUGCACUGGUCAGUCUGCUGGCCAUCUUCAUCUUUCUGCUGCACUGUCCUAAUGUGCCCAUGGCAGGAGUGACUGCUCCCUACUACAGCAGCUUACCACACAAUCAUUACAGCGCCCCCUACCUGCAGGCAGACAGCCAGGGCCACAACAGCAGCCUGUCAGAGCUAGGCAACCUGACUGUGAGCUGUAACGUUGGAUGUCACUGUGUUAUGGAGCUGUUUAACCCUGUGUGUGGUGCAGAUGGAGUGAUGUAUUUCUCUCCCUGCCAUGCCGGCUGCAGGUCCAUCAACCACACAUACAGCCCCAGGGGUAGACAAGUGUUCUCUGGCUGUAGCUGUAUAAUCGGGAAUGUAUCAUGGGGAGAGGAGGGAUUUGCUGAAGAAGGGAAGUGUGUGUCAUCCUGCAAUCACAUGCCAGCCUUCCUCACCUUUCUUUUCAUCAUCAUCUUCUUCACUUUCCUCUGCAGCAUCCCUGCACUCACUGCCACGCUUAGGUGUGUUCCUGACAGUCAAAGAUCGUUUGGACUUGGAAUCCAGUGGAUUGUUGUUAGGACGCUAGGUGGGAUCCCUGGACCCAUAGCGUUUGGUUCAGUGAUUGACAUCUCCUGUCUGUUGUGGGAGGAGCAGUGUGGGGAAUAUGGCUCCUGUUACCUGUACCAUAACUCUUCUAUGAGCCAGUACUCACUCAUCGCAGGCAUCAUCUACAAGGUUUUAGGCAUUCUGUUCUUCUUGCUGGCCAGCGUUCUUUACCAGCCACCACCCGAGUCUCCUCAGAGCAGUUGUGAGAGCACAGAUGUGGGAGGGCAUGACCUGCCAAUCAAAGGCCUUCCCCCUGAGAUCAUCUCCAACCCACAUGCAAAGUUAUGACCCCAGACUGCUAAUUCACUGACACCUCACCUCAAAAUGUGUGUGUAUACGUUUAUGUGUGUGAAUAAGGUCAGACCACUGCAUACGAGCUUAAUAAACAGAACCUACCAAAUGCAAACAGAAUAUUAAUGAACACAUAAUGGGUUUAUUGAGAUUAUUUAUGUUAUUAUUUUUAGAUAGGAAAUUGCAUUUUUUUUUUUUUUUUUUUUGUAAGAAAAAAGCCAUAGGUAAUUUUAAAAAGAGCACUUAAUAUGAAUAUAAUUAACAGAGAGAAAUAAAAUAAAACAAUAUACCUAUUAAAAGUAUUAAU